UCUCCAACCAUUGAAACAAAUUAAAGCAGACAUCUCUCAACACUAAUAACAAAAAAUAACUUGAAGUUUCGAAGAAACAAGAUGGGGAGGAACCAUUUUCAGCAGCAGCAACACUGUGCUGAUGAGAGCAUGUGGAUGGAGAGUCAGGGUCAGCAGCAGAGCUAUGCCCUCCACGAAGAUUCUUGGAGCUCUGAUAACAACUAUGGCCACAACCACAAGCAAUUCCCAGGCAUGCACAUGAACAUGAACAACCACAACAACAGGCUUGGUGCUUUUGCUGCUGUGGACUCUGACCUCUCCAUGCAAAAACAUCAUCAUGGCAACGUAGGAGGAGCCAUGCACAUGAACAACAGGCAUGGUGGCAAGUUAGGAGGAGGCAUGUUUCAAGACCAUGGCUUUGGACAUGGUUGUUAUGCACAGGGUGGCAGAAAGUUCCCUUUUGGUGGUCAUCAUCAUGGUAAUAAUAACGCCUCUCAUCAUGAGUAUUUUUCGGAGGAAUCCAAGAAGUACGAGGAGUCUUAUGCAGAGGAGCAUGUUGGCAGAGUCACGGCUAAGGUGGAUGAAAUGAGAUAUGAGCGUCAUAACUGGGGUGGUGGGGAUACUCGCUAUGCCAAUCCCUAUGGAAGGAACAACAUGAAUCAUAAACCCCACAAAUUUCAGUGGACAGCAAAGGGGGUCUAAUUAACUCUAAUAAACCCACCACCUACACCCUAUUAAUUACUUCUGCAUGCACUUGCUUCUUCCUAUCAAAUAGUAUCAAUAAAACAGUAAUAAAAAUAAUGUGUUCUUUGUUGUUUUCUUGUUGGAAUAAUUAAGAUCUCUCCAAUUUAUUUGGACCUUUGUGAUAUGAUGCUUGAUGCUACUUGUAAUAUCUUCUUUAACUUAAAGUUAUAAUAUAAAGUUGUCUUUCAUUA